AUGGAAGAAGCAAACAAGAACGAAACAAGGGAAGCCGAUACUGCUCUUUUCAUGAACGAAGUGGUAUUCUUAAACGAAGAGAAAUUAAUACCAAAGAACUAUGAAACAAAGAAUAGUGAAGAAGGAGUAUGUUGCCAUUACGAUUAUGAUAAACGUAUUAUUUGUAUAUGGAAUCCGUCGACUAGAGAAUAUAAGAAAAUACCAUUAUUUAUAAACGACGGUUCUGAGAAAAUUGAGGAUGCCGUGUAUGGGUUUGGUUAUGAUGGUGCUAAUGACGACAACAAGAGCCCUUCAUUGGUUUGGCGAGUCCAAGAAAGCUCUGUUGAGGUUAUCAUGUCUUUCAAUCUAAGCAAUGACAGAAUCGUGGAAAUACCAUUACCAGAAGCAACACUGCCACACCCAAUAGAUAGGACCGGUGAGGUGGGGGCAAAUGUGGGUUUGUUGGAAGGUUGUCUUUGUUUAGUCUAUAGUGAAGACGCUUGGAAAACUGUUGAUGUAUGGGUGAUGAAGGAUUAUGGAGCGAUAGAAUCUUGGACUAAACAGUUUACAAUUAUUCAAUACAUGCCGAGAGCUAUUUGGUGUCCUGUUUUGGCAUUUAAGGAUGGUGAUAUUCUUGCAAACAAUAUCUUGGAAUCUGUUGUAUGCAAGCCAAAGGAAGUAGGAGGGCUUAGAAAGGUGAACAUUCUCUGUAAUAGCCCUAAUGGGCGUUGUUAUAGGAGAGUUUUGGAAUCAGCAACUUAUGUAGAGAGCUUAGUUUCCCUUAAUACGGGCACUUACUAUGGGAAGAAGAUAUUAAAGACACAAACGACGUCUGGAAAGAAAACGGAAAAGGGAAAAAGGUCACCGGGACUUAUGAAGAAGCUCAUAACGGUGAUAAUCAUCAUUGAAAAACAGUUUAUGGUGUUGGUAGAAAAACUGGAUUGA